CUGCUCCGCCAGCCGCUUCGCUCUCUGCUGGUGACUGUCACUCUGCUCUUUGCUGCUCCGCCCAGGCCAAUGCCAUGGUUUCUGGGAAGAAGAACCCACCGUGGGGAGGCCCGGACUAGAGUUUUCGUGGGAUAUUAGAAAACAAAUGAAAUCUCAAGUGUUGCCGUGGCGCAUGGCAGCUCGAGGGCCUGUCAGCCAUGGAGGUGCCAGUCGGGUGCGGCGGCAGCGGCCACCACAGAGAAAGUGCAUCAUGCCAAAACUGCAAAGCCUCAAGCUCAACCAGAAAGGAGGAAGCCAAAAACCGGCAUAUUAAUGUUAAACAUGGGGGGCCCCGAAACCCUUGGAGAAGUUCAAGACUUCCUUCAAAGACUCUUCUUGGACCGAGACCUCAUGACACUUCCCAUUCAAAACAAGCUGGCACCAUUCAUCGCCAAACGCCGAACCCCCAAAAUUCAAGAGCAGUAUCGCAGGAUUGGAGGUGGCUCCCCCAUCAAGAUGUGGACUUCCAAGCAAGGAGAAGGCAUGGUGAAGUUGCUGGAUGAGCUGUCCCCUGACACAGCACCUCACAAAUACUAUAUUGGAUUCCGGUACGUCCAUCCUUUGACAGAAGAAGCAAUUGAAGAGAUGGAGAGAGAUGGCCUAGAAAGGGCCAUUGCUUUCACACAGUAUCCACAGUAUAGCUGCUCCACCACCGGCAGCAGUUUAAAUGCCAUUUACAGAUACUAUAACGAGAUGGGACGGAAGCCCACCAUGAAGUGGAGCACAAUUGACAGGUGGCCCACGCAUCCCCUCCUCAUCCAGUGCUUUGCAGACCACAUUCUGAAAGAACUGGACCAUUUUCCGCGGGAGAAGAGAAGCGAGGUGGUCAUUCUGUUUUCUGCCCACUCCCUGCCAAUGUCCGUUGUCAACAGAGGAGAUCCCUAUCCCCAGGAAGUAGGUGCCACUGUCCACAAAGUCAUGGAAGAACUAGGUUAUCCCAACCCCUACCGACUGGUUUGGCAGUCCAAGGUUGGCCCAGUACCCUGGCUGGGUCCUCAAACAGAUGAGGCCAUCAAAGGGCUUUGUGAGAGAGGGAGGAAGAAUAUUCUCUUGGUUCCAAUAGCAUUUACCAGUGAUCACAUCGAGACCCUGUAUGAACUGGAUAUUGAAUACUCCCAAGUGUUAGCCAAGAAGUGUGGAGCUGAAAACAUCAGAAGAGCGGAGUCUCUUAAUGGAAAUCCAUUGUUCUCUAAGGCCUUGGCUGAUCUGGUAUACUCACACAUCCAGUCAAACAAGCUGUGCUCUACGCAGUUGACUCUGAGCUGCCCGCUCUGUGUAAAUCCUGUCUGCAGGGAGACUAAAUCCUUCUUCACCAGCCAGCAGCUGUGACCCUGCCUGAGGACCCGUGGGAUUCACAGAUGCGCAGCCUCCAGACACCUCCAAUGGGAAUGGAAGCCACAUAGCCUGGACACAGCCUGUGGACAAAGAUAGUGAUUUCUUUCUUGCCUUUAUUUUAUGUUACUUUAUUUUUUGUUUCCUGUGUAGUCCACGCUGGCCUCCAAAUGGGCCUCCUGUUCGAAUUUCCUGAAUGCUAAUUAGCAUCACAGACACACAAAAUUGUGUUUCUCGGGGAAUAGACUCUGAAAUUCUUACUGCGGUUUCUAUUUUCAUACACACAUACAGUGAAUACUCACAACCAUUUCUGGGAUCAAUUUUCUCAUGUGGAAUGUCUACUGUGAAAUUCCAGGAGUGAGUUUUAAGUUUUCAUCUUAUGAGACACACACAGAUUCUGCACUUACUGCCCCAAACAGCCUCCUAAAAUAGUAUUUCGAGUCCCCACUAUGUGCUACUAGUGGUGAAUGAGAUGUCUACAACCUCAUGGAUGCAGGUUAAGUGAAUAUAGUUAAUUUAUGAAAUAUAAUUUGUAAAAGAAUUGGGCUGAGGGCAUAGCUUAGUGAUUGUGUGCUGGCCUAGCAUUCAUGAGGCUCCUAGUUUGAUCCCCUGAAAUACAUGUCGAUAUUAUGUUACCUAUUCUUUCCCUAAGUCCAUGGGUACCAGGAUACUGGUGAGUUGGCCUCUAUUGCCAGUGAAGUCAUCAGUCAUCGGUCAUUGUGGUGUCCGUGAAAGAGUCUCACUCUCCUCCCCUGAAACUGAAAUGAGUGCUCAUUUCAAAAGUGCUCUGAGAUUUCCCCAGGCACACAGCCCAAUAAAUAUAUGGAAAUUCAGUCCUUGCUGUAUAUGCCUCAGUUUGAGUCCAUGGUGCCUCAGGGAAGGAAGGUGGGGCUCUGCUUGCUUCCUGUCUCCAAGGACAGUGACACCAGGAAAUGCUACUGAUGGAUUUGGUCUCCCCAGAACCAAGGAGCCUCCUAACAUCGUCCUGCUCUUAGUUGAAUGCCUCUGUUCUCUGUUCACUUGUUUGAAAAUUACUUUAUAAAGUUGACUGUCUGAUAACCUUGAAUUUUCUUCAUUAAUAAGUUUUUGUUAUGAAAUUAUGUAGUCAUAGAAUAGGCCAUUUGUAAAACACAAAGAGAAAUAACCACUCUAAUAUAAUAGUUAUCAUUUUAUUCCAGCCCUUUCCUGUGGAUAGCACACACACACACACACACACACACACACAGUUUGUAUUGAUUCUUUGAGAAUUUCAGCAUAGCUCAUCAUAGUCACUUCCUUUACCUCCUAAGGAAAGAGAUCCACCUGAAUGUGUAAUGAAAAGUUGUUCUAAAAAUGUAAGAAUUCAGAACCUGAUACUCUGAAUUCAGACUUAAAUGGAUUUUAAAGUCUUUGGGAUCCUCAAAGGAUUUGUAAUAAUCACUUUUCCUGAAACUUUGUUCUUCAAAAAGAAUACUUCUUUGAGCUUUUUUUUAAAAAUAGAAAAACAGUUCAUAAAGUGGAAGUAAUUAGGAUGAUGCAUAGAUAUUCUAUACUGAGGAUUUACUAUUAAUAAACAUUAUGGUUUUAGUCUGUUUGAUUUGUGCUGUCUCCAUAAUCUGACCCAAAAUGACUAAACAUGGAGAGUUUACUUUGUAAUCUAGCAAGGAAGCAUACUUUCUGUUCCCUCUGAGACUUUUCUUAUGCUGAUAAUGGCUUCAUAUUUGAGUAACGCCUCCUUUUUGUUACUAAUUUGACUUUAUCUUCAUUAGUAUACAGUUUCUAGAGAAAGAUCAAAGGUCUGGGUACUUUGGAAUGUUCCUGUGUCCAUUUCAUCACCUUUUGGGGAUUAGGUUUAGAGUCCCACAGUGAAUGGACAUCUCAGGGUUAGUGGCCUCUGUUGGCAGGCACUUAUGCUCACAGCCAUUAUCCCCGCUUCAGGGAACUUGCUUGACAUCAGUCUUGGCUCUUCAGCAGUUUUUCAGAUGAAAACACAGCGUUGGCGUGGAGGUAUUGCCGGAAGUGCCAGUUCAGAAGUCACUGCUAGAGUAUCCGAAGCCCCACCCCUCCAUUUGCGAAGGCGACUUUGAAUGAGUUGUCUGGAACUGUAUCACUGGCACUGAACUGGGGGCAGAUUGCCCUUUGGGAAUCACUGCCGGUGGCACCCUCAACCAUAGAUAAGCGAGGCUCACAUAGAAGGGUCGCAUUUGGCAGGAUGGAAAUCUUUUUAGAACUGAUGAAUGCUUGAGAGUUAUCCUGUUUGUCAGCUUUGAAGGGCAAAUGUUUGCCCUGGUAAUUGGUAAUGAACUGCCAGUGAGUCUUGAGCUGCUGUGUGUACAGACCUGGCUCUUAACUGAUCCGGAAGAUUGGUGGGUACUGAGAAGGUCCAGGCCACUGUUGUCAUUGCUAGAAGUCAGGAGGAGGAUGCUCUUCCACAGACCUGUGUGAAGAAGUCUGCCUCGGAAGUGAACUCACUGUUAACUUCAGCCUCACAUCAGGACUGAGUUAGCGUUGAUGGAUGGUAGAAAACCAUGCUUUAAUUCUGAUGCUUCCUCAAAGUGUGUGUGCUUACUCAUAUAACCCCACGAGCAGGUUUAGUGUUUCUUUGAACUCUUACUAUUUUCAUUAUGCCUGAAGUUAGUUAGCAACAAUCACUUAUGAAGAAAAAGUGGGGUUUCCCAUCGAAAGAUGCCCAAACUAAGCCUGUCAACAACUGUAAGGUAAUAUUGGGGCCUUUAUGUUUUCAGCUGAUCUUGAAAAUAGAUUCCCCUUUCUUCCUCUUGAUGUGACAGAAUAGAUCAUCUAAAAUAAAGUCGAUGCAUUUAGCUUCUUCCUCUAAUCUGUUCUCAUACUUUGGUAUAUAAUUCAAGAAGCCAUAGUUUAAGGCACAUGUUUGCUUGGUGUGAGUGGAUUUAUUUAAACUAGGUUGUCACACCAUGAGGCAAAGGGACAUACCAUGCGAAAUGCCCAGUAGGGCCAUCAGAAAAACCCCCAACCUGCUGGGGUGAAGAUGACCAUGUGACACCCCGCUCUCCUGUCCCUAGGCUGUACUGUUUGCUCCUCAAUCCUAGGGAGUGAGCUUGUGUUACUUCGUCUGCAGGGCCAAAUAUGAAGUUGGCAGCCAUUUAAAAAAAAUGAGCAAAGGUAUGUAUAUUGUCAUGGAUGUGACACCUGCCUUGGCUUCCACUCAGCAAUGUACCCUGACCUGGAAUUGAAAGCCAAAUAAAGCCUGUCUCGCCAAA